AUGCCAGUGUGCAAGAAAAUCCUCUCUAUCGACUUUGCUAUCGCCUUGCGAACUGUAAAAGUGUAUGUGAAGAUGUUCAGGGCUAAAAUAACAGCCGAUAAGUUCUUCCCAAAUAAUUUGAUCGCAUGGAAAAGCACUUUAAGGGGCGCAGAAAAAUCCCUUGAUUUGGACAACCGCGAUACGCCAGAUAGCUCAGUUGCAGGGGAUACUAAAUUUGCCGCUUCUAAGAGAGGAACUUUCUUUCAAGGAGCGCCAAGGCUUGGAAAUCAAUUCAGUGGAGAUCUAUUUCUGCAAUCGUACUUGAAGAGAGUCCUUCCACAUGAGGUUUUACAAGAAAUCUUUCCAGACUUACAGCACUUUGGCCACAGAGUGGCCACUGAUAUUUACUCAAUGGGAAGGGAAUGUGAGCUACAGCCACCAAAACUUGAACAAUUUGAUGCUUGGGGAAAAAGGGUGGACAAUAUUCAGACUUGCCAGGGGUGGAGACAGUUACAUGAUGUGUCAGCUGAAGAAGGAUUGAUAUCCAUUCCUUAUGAAAGAAAGUAUGGACAAUGGAGUCGUAUCUACCAAGCUGUGAAGCUGUUCAUGUUUUCUCCUUCUUCUGGUUUGUAUUCUUGUCCAUUGGCCAUGACAGAUGGAGCAGCUAAGAGUAUUGAGGUGUCAAAUAUGACAGAGAAGCUUAGUGUUCUUAAGGAUGCCUACAGCCAUUUAACCAGCAGAGAUCCAAAGAAAUUCUGGACAUCUGGUCAGUGGAUGACUGAGAGGAAAGGGGGCUCAGAUGUAGCAAAUGGUACAGAGACGAUUGCUGUCCCUCAAGACGAUGACACCUACAGACUGUAUGGUUAUAAGUGGUUCAGCUCAGCUACUGAUGCAGACAUGACACUCACUCUUGCAAGAGUCCAGAACCCUGAUGGAUCUACUGUACCUGGCACCAAAGGCAUUACAAUGUUUUACAUGCAAACUCGCAAUGAAGAUGGCAAAUUAAACAAUAUUGAAGUCCAGAGAUUGAAAAAUAAGUUGGGAACCAGGCAGCUUCCUACUGCUGAGCUUCUUCUUCAUGGAUCACAAGCCUACAAGAUGUCUGAUGAGGGUCGUGGAGUGCCUUGUAUAUCAGACAUGUUAACAAUCACUCGUUUUCACAACAGCAUUGUAGCUGCAGGUGUCAUGAGAAGAAUUAUGUCUCUGGCUCAGGAUUAUUGUUUGAGAAGAUCAGUGUUUGGUAAACUAUUGGUGGAACAUCCCCUUCAUAUGCAGACACUCGCUAAAAUAGAGGUGGAGACCCGCGCGGCCUUCCUGCUCUCAAUGGAAGUUGCCCGUCUGCUUGGUAAACAGGAUUGCAACGAGGCCUCAGAUGUAGAGACACAGCUGUUGAGACUUCUUACACCUAUCACAAAGCUGUACACUGCUAAACAGGCCAUGCAGGUUACCUCAGAAGGUCUUGAGAGUUUUGGUGGUCAAGGAUACAUAGAAGACACAGGGUUACCAGGCUUGAUGAGGGAUGCUCAGGUUUUGCCCAUCUGGGAAGGAACGACGAAUGUAUUGUCAUUAGAUGUACUUCGAUCAAUUUCUAAAAGUCAAGGGCAGGUACUGAAGGCUUUUCACGCGGAUGUUUCCAACAAGUUAUCUAGGGCGUGUGCGUUUCGUCCAGCCCUGAAGGUUAUGGAAGAAAAAGUACAAUCCUCCAUGAAUACCUUGCUGUCUCCAAAAAACUACGAGCUUCUCUCUGAUUCAUUACCUGCACGGGAUGUCGCCUUCAGCCUGGCAAGAAUAUACAUGGCGUCCCUAUUUAUAGAGCACGCUUCCUGGGAAGAGGCUGAAGAACAGGAUGUGGAAGCUGCCAAAAGGUGGUGUCAGCAAGACUUGACCCCAGUUCUCACUCAACUCAGACACAACGCAUACGACGCGAAAAGCUCCGCCUGUGACCUGGCGCUAGUUAUGAAGGGACAUUCAGAUUUCACAAGAACAUGAUACUUGACGGUCGUUUGCAAAGCCUUACACAGCAACAGGCUUGAAAUAGGCCUCAGCUGCUUGUCAGGGAAUUUCACUCACUAAUUGCUAAGAAAACACGAUUUUCUGAAGUGUUUACUGUAGUUAGAGAGACAGAGACUUAAAAUAAGCAAAAUUAUACGUUUAAGACAGAAACAGAAUGCACGCCAAAGCGGGUGUCGUGGUGACGUUUGGUCUUUUGUGCUCUUCGAAAAAGAUGCAGAUUUAAUCCAUCCAGUCAGGUGGUCAGCAGUUUCGGCCUAAGCAGGCCUUAUCGCCGUGACAUAGCUGAUCAGCCAAUGAUCAAGGCACUUAAUAAAUAUUGUAUGGUAUAUGCAGUCAAUAUUUUAAUCCAUUCGCAUCCUUCCCUACAUGUGUCUCUCCACACCAAGUGUAGAUAUCAUUAUUACCUCAUUAAAU